GCCCAGGCCAGGCGCUAGGAAACGGGCGGGAAGGGAGCGCGGAGGACGCGCCACGCCCCUGGCGGUGCGAGCCUACGCCCUCUUCCAAUAAACGCCGCCUGUCGCGUGCCCGCGGUCUCCCAUUGGCCAGCCCUUGCUGGGAGGCGGGGAGAAGAAGCACCAGCGGCGGGAGGAUGCCUGGCCAAUCACCGGGUCCACCGCGCGCGCCUCUUGUUGCCCUUGGAAACCUAACAGCCGGCAGCCGGCUGCCGGCGUCCGCGGCGCUGGCUGGUCCGCAGUGGGGGUGCGAGGGGAGAUGGACCCAGACUCCGAGCACACUGAGGACCUUGAGGGGGAACACCGAGAGGCGCAGAGCCUGGCCUCGCGGGCAUCGGGGACCAAGGCCAGCUCUGGCCCCCAGUCCCCGGCCGAACCCGCGGAACCGGAGCCGAAGGCCGUCGAGACUUCGGAGGUAGGCGCAGCUGCGGACGAGCUCGCCGAGCCCCGGGAAGGGCAGGCGGCCGCCGAGGCUGCGAGCGAGGAGAGGCCCGGAAAGACGAAGCGGCCGGCCGAGGCCGAGGCGGAGGCCGACCCCGGGGAGCCCGCCGAGGCCGGGCCUGAGCAGCCAGCCCAGCCGGGAUCCGAAGGAGGGCGCGAGGAACCGGAGGAGGACCAGGGGGAAGAGGCCGAGGCGGCGGAGGGCAGGAGGCAGGAGGCCCCGCCGCAGGUCUCUGCGCCUCCGUCCACGCCCAGCCAGGAGGAGGCUGCUCCGGUCCGGGAGGGCGAGGGGGAGAGGAAGGGCGUGCACCGAAGCCGGGCAGAGAGCGGGGAGGAGCUGACGCGCCCGGGCGAGAGGCUGGAGGGUGGGGGUCACGAACGGACCGAGGAGGAGCAGAAGCUGCAGGAGCAACAGCUGCGCGACGAGCUCCUGGGACAGUACCGCUCGCUGACGGCGGAGCGGAGCCGCUAUCUGCGCCACAACAUUCACCUGCAGCGCAAGAUUUUCGAGGCGCUGCGCAAGAAGAAGGGCCUCGAUGCAGCCGAGGUGCCGGACAGGGGCACGGAGCCCGAGGCCCCGGAGAAGGAGCGAGCAUACCUACGCCGCCUGGCCGCGCUGGAGGGGCUGAGGAAGCAGCAGGCAGACGACCUGGGCUGGUAUCACCGCGAGCUGGGCCAGCUGAAGCAGCAGUGCGAGAAGCUCUCCAGGGCGGAGAGGGAAUGGCGAGGCUUCCAGGCACUCAAGAAGCAGGUGGCGAUGCAGGCCAUGGGCAGCUGUCGGAUGCAGGGUGGCCGCCAGGCUGCUCUGCGAAAGAUGGAGCGGGUGCAGGCUUUGGAGGACAAGAAGGAGAAGGAGAUGAGCGCGGUCAGACUGGAGAACGUGCAGCUGAAGCAGAGCCUGGCGCACCUUGAGACCAGGAUGAGGGCCCAGGAGGACCUGACCGAGGGCCUGCCCCUCAUUGAUUUUGAACAGCUUAAGAUUGAGAACCAGACCUUCAAUGAGAAAGUGGAGGAGCGAAACGAGGAGCUUUUAAAGCUGCGCAACAAGGUGACCAACAAUGUGCAAAUAAUAACCCAUGUUAAAGAAAAGCUAGACUUUGUGAAUUUAGAAAAUACAUGCAAAAAGUCACAGCUUUUGGAAAUUGAGGCUCAGGUGGCCCUAGGGAGGGACAUCUUGACUAAGACUAAGCAGACUCGAGACAGCCUGCGGAUUGACAACAUCAAGCUGAAUCAGAAGUGUGGGCUUCUGGGCAAGGAAUCCCUCCUUCAAGACAUGGAAGAGAAGGUAGACAAGACUAACUUGCUCAACCGGCGCUUAGAAUCCCUGAAGCGCCAUCACGCUGGGCUUACUCUGUCCUGCAGAGGCGUGAAGCAGAAGGUCAGGGAAGCCAAAGCCUUUCUCCCCUCCUGACACCACUGGUGGGAGAGUCCACAGACUGUCUUUGAUCUCAGUGAACUCCAGUCUUCAUUAUCUUUUCUUCUCCGUCUGUUGCCAUUCUUCAGAAAGCUGUGAUUAUUUGGGUAGUACUGUAUUUUUUAUUUAUCUCAUAAUUUUUAAGCUUCCAAAUUACUGCUGAGCACAGAAUUGGGUUAGCAGUCAGUGCUGUAUGGGCUUAAACAGGUGCAGAGAAACAAAUGAGAGAGAUGGCUUGAUGUGCCUGAUUUCUCAUAAAAGCUGUCAAAAGCCUUUUUAUAUCUUAGCAAUUCCAUGAUUUCAAUGACUGGAUCCUGAGAACAACUGUUUGUCUUCUAUAUGUAGGAGGGUUCACUGAAUGGGCAGGAUACCAAAAAAAUUCCUGUGCAUUAAGCUAAUUAUUAAAUCUCCUUUGAAUUGAUUAGUCUGACCUGAGUCAUGGUCUCAGUUCAGAGCCCACUAAUUCCCUUGAUGAAAUUGAUUUGUAUGUAAGUAGCACUAGCUUCUGGUGUACUAAAAAAGAUCCAGGAAACAGGAGAAAUACGGAGAGGAGCUGGAUGUUGUGUCAUCUUUGUUUUGUGAAAUUGUUUGCUUAACCAUUCAUGUCUGUUUCUAUCUCAGUCAUAAUCUUCAAUUCCAGUGAAAGGUCUUCUUGGAUCCUCUAAAGAAACGCACUGAUCUGACCAAAAACUGAAAUUCUGCUUUCCAGGGAAGACAACAUGAUGAUUGGAUUGUGUGUUUUGCCAGGUGCAAACUGUGGCCUGAGGACUGACUGCCCAUAAGCCAUUUAUUUUCAAGAUUUUUUUGCAUCCUGGCAACAGGACCUUCACUAUGCAAUGUGGGUUUUACUCUCUAUCAAAUACCAAACUGUCUAUUAUUCCUUGUGUUAAAAGAAAUACUUGAUAGUCUUUCUCCAAAAUCAGUGGUUAACAUUUUAAAUUUUCCUUGAUGUUU